ACUUUCAGCUAUUACUGUCAAUAAGUUUAUCAUAUUGGUGAUUUGAGUGUUUUCCUUUCAUAUUGUUUUUCUUUUUUCAAUGCUUUUUGGGUUGAAUCGAAUUUCUUUUGCCUCAGGCACCAUGGUUGCAACGGUUGGACUCUUUGUUCUUUUCGUUUUGGGCACUAGCUGGGCAUGUGAUGCCAGAGAAUUAAUGACAACCGAACUCUCUAGUAGAGAAACGGUGAUAUCUGAUGUUUCAGUGUUGCAGAUAAAUCACCAGGAAUCAGAAGGCACAAUUAAAACUUCAGAAGAAGUUGUAAGGAAUGAAAAUGUGUGCACGCUGUGUGAAGAGUUUGCUGCCAAGGCAAUUGAGUACCUCGAGGACAACAAGACUCAGACAGAGAUGAUUGAUAUCCUUCACAACACCUAUGCUCGGCUGAUCCCUUUUGAGCAAAAGGUAGUAACUGACAUAAAUGCCAUUGGAUUUGAAUAAACUUGUUUGUUCACCAUAAUCCCGAGCUUUAGGCACUGUCAAGUUUCUCAUGCCUAAUUUGUAAACACUAAUAGAAUUAAUGAAUACCCAAUUA